AUGGCUUUCCUGAUUCUCGUCCUGGGUGAUAUCCACAUCCCCGACCGAGCUCUCGACUUUCCCGCCAAGUUCAAGAAGCUCCUCGCGCCCGGCAAGAUUGGCCAGACGCUGUGCCUAGGCAACCUGACCGACAAGAACACGUACGAGUACCUGCGCUCCAUCGCCCCGGACCUCAAGAUUGUCAAGGGCCGAUACGACGUCGAGGCCACGUCGCUUCCACUGACGCAAGUCGUCACGCAUGGCGGCAUCCGCGUCGGCUUCCUCGAGGGCUUCACGCUCGUCUCGAGCGAGCCCGACCUGCUGCUCGCCGAGGCCAAUCGUCUCGACGUCGACGUCCUCUGCUACGGGGGCACCCACAAGUUUGACGCCUUUGAGUACAUGGACAAGUUCUUCGUCAACCCGGGUAGCGCCACCGGCGCGUUCCUCAACGGCUGGGGUGACGACGGUGAGGGCGCGACCCCGAGCUUCUGCCUGAUGGAUGUCCAAGGAAUUUCUCUUACAUUGUAUGUCUACCAGCUCAGAACAGAUGAGCAAGGAAACGAGACGGUCGCGGUGGAAAAGGUCACAUAUACAAAGCCGGUCCCGCAAACAGGGAAUGCGUCAUAG